AUGCUAACCUUCUACAGAUCCAAACUCGUGGAGAACGAGCAGAUAUGCGACGCAAGCCUCCACAAUCCUUUGCCUCUUUACCUCAAGGCUUAUGUAUGGCCUUACACAAUACUUUGGCCUGUGUUUCUCGCUCUCUAUCUGAACGAGGAUCUUUACGACGAGUACAUUGACGGUCAAGAAUGGACCUUUGUUUGGAUCACCACGAUCGUGACUCUCCAAUCCCUGACAUGGCUCUCCACGCACUGGAGCGUCAAUCUAAAUACCCUCUUCACCACCACCAAGGCCAAAAGUGUUGAGGAUGCACAACUCAUCAAGGUCGUUCCUGUCGUCAACUCAGGAGCGCCUGCAAUCUGCAAAUUGAAUAAGGAGAAAGAUGGACGGAUAUCGUUUGUGUUCCAGAAAAGAAGGUUUUUGUACUCUCCGGAGAAAGGCACAUUUGCACCCUUGUCGUAUACCCUGGACAGAGAUGACAAACCUCUGCUGCGAGAGUUCCAAUUGACGAAAGGUUUAUCCUCCGAGGCCGAAAUCGAGACACUUCAGAAACACUACGGUGACAACACCUUCGAUAUCCCCGUGCCGACAUUUCUUGAACUCUUCAAGGAGCAUGCUGUGGCGCCUUUCUUCAUCUUCCAAGUCUUCUGUGUGGGUCUUUGGCUGCUUGACGAUUACUGGUACUACUCCCUAUUCACGCUAUUCAUGCUGGUUGCCUUCGAAAGCACCGUGGUCUGGCAGAGACAACGGACUCUCAACGAGUUCAUGGGAAUGAGCAUCAAACCGUACGACAUCUGGGUGUACCGCGUUGGGAAAUGGGUGCAGAUCAAGAGCGACAAAUUACUCCCCGGUGAUCUAGUGUCCGUGGGGAGAACCCAAGAUGACUCUGGUGUUGCCUGCGAUAUGCUUCUUAUUGAGGGCACAGUAAUCGUGAACGAGGCGAUGUUGUCCGGCGAGAGCACGCCCCUGUUGAAAGAGUCAGUUAUGCUCCGACCAGGAGAUGCACCGGUUGAUCCAGAGGGUCUGGACAAGAACGCACUACUCUGGGGAGGUACCAAAGUACUUCAGAUCACUCAUCCGUCUGCCAGCGAAGACCCCUCGGAGACUGUCCCGACUGUCAAGUCCGGUGUACCUCCACCUCCGGAUAACGGCGCUAUGGCUGUUGUACUGAAGACCGGAUUCGAAACCAGUCAAGGCAGCCUGGUGCGAACCAUGAUUUUCUCCACGGAACGGGUGUCGGCCAAUAACGCUGAAGCACUGUGGUUCAUUCUGUUCCUGCUUGUCUUUGCAAUUGCGGCCUCGUGGUACGUGUGGCAGGAAGGUGUCAAGAACAACCGCAAACGAUCCAAACUGCUCCUCGAUUGCAUUUUGAUCGUCACUAGCGUUGUCCCUCCUGAGCUGCCUAUGGAGUUGUCUUUGGCUGUCAACACCAGUCUCGCAGCGCUCAGUAAAUUCGCCAUCUUCUGUACCGAGCCAUUUCGGAUCCCCUAUGCAGGACGCGUUGAUGUCGCCUGUUUUGACAAGACAGGAACUCUUACAGGUGAAGACCUUGUUGUCGAAGGGAUUGCGGGUCUUGGGCUAGGGAAACACGGCGUCCCAACCGAACCAGACGGCGCUCAAUCUACCGUGACGAAAGUGACAGACUGUGGCAUUUUCACGACCCUUGUGCUAGCAACAGCACAUGCCCUUGUCAAGCUAGAUGAAGGAGACAUUGUCGGAGACCCCAUGGAAAAGGCCACUCUUACAGCUCUCAAUUGGAGUCUGGGAGAUCAUGACACCUUGACCAGCACUCCACCGCCGAAGUCCAAGAAGAAGCAUGUCUCAACUGCAGGCGCCUCCCAUGUUGUCCAGAUCAAAAGACGAUUCCAGUUCUCCUCUGCCCUCAAGCGUCAAAGCUCGGUGGCGGUUGUUGUGACGACUGAUCCAAAGACUGGUCGGAAAGCAAAGGGCACCUUCGUUGGUGUCAAGGGCGCUCCGGAAACCAUUCAAAAGAUGUUGGUGCAGACUCCAGCCAAAUACGAAGAAACCUUCAAAUACUUCACCAGGAACGGAGCGCGAGUUUUGGCGUUGGGUUACAAGUACCUUUCCACGGAUGCCGAACUGGGCCAGAAACGCAUCAAUGAUUUGAAGCGUGACGAAGUCGAAGCUGGUCUCCACUUUGCCGGCUUUCUGGUACUGCAGACGCCGUUGAAAGAGGAUGCCAUCCGCGCUGUCCAGAUGCUGAACGAAAGCAGUCACAGAGUUGUCAUGAUCACUGGCGACAAUCCUCUAACAGCGGUGCAUGUGGCCAGAGCGGUGGAAAUUGUCGAUCGAGAUUGUCUGAUCCUUGAUGCCCCGGAACAUGAUGAUACUGGUAGCAAGCUGGUCUGGCGAAGCGUUGACGAGAAAACCAUUAUCCCAGUUGAUCCUUCCGCCGAUCUCGAUCCUAAGAUUCUCGAAACCAAGGAUCUCUGCGUUACCGGUUAUGCUUUGGCCAAAUUCACUGGACAAAAGGCUUUGCCAUCGUUGCUAAGGCAUACGUGGGUGUAUGCAAGAGUGUCGCCCAAACAAAAAGAGGAGAUUCUGAUUGGACUGAAAGACCUUGGCUACACCACCCUAAUGUGUGGUGACGGUACCAAUGAUGUCGGCGCGCUCAAGCAGGCCCACGUUGGAGUUGCCCUUCUGAACGGUUCGCAAGAAGACCUGAACAAGAUUGGUGAACAUUUCCGCACUUCUAAGAUGAAGGAGAUGUACGAAAAGCAGGUCCAGCUGAUGAAACGGUUCAAUCAGCCGCCACCACCUGUACCGCCUGGUAUUGCACAUCUGUACCCACCUGGUCCCGGCAAUCCUCAUCAUGAGAAGGCCAUCAAGGCUCUGGCUGAGAGGAAGGGAAUUAGCCUGGAGGCUGCCGAUGCAGAAAACGGAGCCAUCGAGACAAUCACCUCACCGGGGGCCCAAGCUCUUCAGCAGUCGAACGCCGACAGCCUUACACCCCAGCAACGACGACAGACCGAAGCACAGCAGAAAGCAGCAAGCUGGGCGGACAAGUUCACUUCGUCGUUGAUGGAAAAUGAGCUUGACGACAGUGAGCCGCCUACGAUCAAGCUGGGUGACGCUUCGGUGGCGGCGCCUUUCACGAGCAAGCUGGCAAAUGUGAUGGCCAUUCCAAACAUCAUCCGCCAGGGCAGAUGUACUCUGGUGGCCACCAUUCAGAUGUACAAGAUCUUGGCCUUGAACUGUUUGAUCAGUGCUUACAGUCUUUCUGUCAUCUACCUCGCUGGUAUCAAGUUCGGUGAUGGGCAGGUAACAAUCAGUGGCAUGUUGAUGUCGGUCUGCUUCCUUUCUAUUUCUCGAGCCAAGCCGGUGGAGGCUCUGUCGCGGGAACGCCCUCAACCGAAUAUCCUGAACGCGUAUAUCCUCGGAUCUGUGCUCGGUCAGUUCGCCAUACACUGCGGGACGUUGAUCUAUCUUUCCAGAUUUGUCUACUCCAUCGUGCCCCCCGCGGAUGAGAUUGAUUUGGAGGGUGAAUUCGAACCUUCUCUCCUCAAUAGUGCCGUUUAUCUGAUACAGCUGAUCCAACAAGUCUCGACCUUCGCGAUCAACUAUCAAGGCCGCCCAUUCCGCGAAAGCAUCCGCGAGAACCGUGGCAUGUAUUGGGGACUGUUAGCCUGCUCUUUUGUGGCUUUCUCCGGCAGUACCGAGUUCCUGCCCGAACUCAAUGAGAGGUUGCGGCUUGUGCCCUUCACGAGCGAAUUCAAAUGGACGCUGACCACCCUCAUGAUCGUCGACUUCUGUGGAUGCUGGGUGGUAGAGCAGAUUUUCAAGCACUUGUUCAGUGAUUUCCAACCCAAAGAUAUUGCGCUCAAGCGACCCGAUCAGAUGGAGAGGGACGAGAGACGGAAGCGGGAGUUGGCGGAGAAGGCAGAGCGAGAGAGGAUCGAAGCAAUUGAGAGAGCGCGAGGUGUCGCCAACAAUACGGCUCCGCCUCCUGCGAGGCGGAGAUAG